AUGUCUCUGCUUAAAGAACUCGGAAAAUCCGAGGUGGAACAUCUUGAGGUUGCUGAAGAAAAUCAAAGAGUCGAUAAUUUGGCUGCUUCCAUGCGUGAAGGUAAUGGAACAGGUAAACGUUGGUGGAAUGUUCCUUACCUUUGUUUCUUAAACUGGCAAAUUUUUGUCAUCACCUUGGCUUCCACCAAUAACGGUUACGAUUCUUCCAUGUUGAACGGUUUGCAAUCUUUGCCUGAAUGGCACACCAAAAUGGGUAACCCAACCGGUUCAAUUUUGGGUGCCUUAAGUAACGGUACUAUUUUUGGUGCCCUUAUUGCUGUCAUUUAUAUUCCUUGGAUGGCUGAUAAAUUUGGUAGAAAAUUCACCAUUAUUUUCAGUCAAUCUUUCGCUGUUAUCGGCGCUAUCUUACAAGGUGUUUCUACUAACUACGGUUUCUUCCUCGCUUCUCGUAUUAUUAUUGGAUUAGGAUCAGGUGCCGGUGCUGUAUGUGCUACAUUGAUUGCUGAAUUGGCUUACCCAACCCACAGAGAAGUCGCUACUACGUUCUACAAUGUUUGUUGGUAUUUGGGUGCUAUCAUUGCUGCUUGGGUUACUUAUGGUACCAGACACUUGCACGACGGUGGCCACUCAUGGAGAAUUCCAUCUUAUAUGCAAGGUUUGAUCCCACUCAUCCAAGCAGUCUUGAUGAUAUGGGCUCCAGAAUCUCCAAGAUACUACGUUGCCAAAGAUCAAGUCGAAAAGGCCAGAGCAGUGUUGACGAAGUACCACAUUGGUGGCUCUACUGAUCCUAAAGACGUUGCCUUUGUUGAGUUCGAAUUGAAUGAAUUUGCUGCCCAAAUCAAGGACGAUGCUGCCCACACCCAAAACUCUUCCUAUAUGGACUUUGUUACCGACGGCAGAUUUAGAAAGAGAUUGGGGUUGAUUGCUUCUAUCUGUGUCUUUACUCAGUUCUCCGGUAACGGUUUAGUUUCUUACUACUUGUCCAAGGUUUUGAAUUCCAUUGGUAUCACUUCCACAACUAGGCAGUUGCAAAUCAAUGGUUGUUUGAUGAUUUACAACUUUGUUAUCUCCGCUUUUGUUGCAUCUGUGGUCAACCGUUUCAAGAGAAGACAUAUGUUUUUGACCAGUGUUGGAUUAAUGAUGCUUUUCUACAUUAUCUGGACCAUUUUGUCUGCUUUGAACCAAAAGAACGAUUUCAAGGACAAGGGUUUGGCUAAUGGUGUUUUGGCUAUGAUCUUCUUAUAUUAUUGUGCCUACGACAUUGGUGCCAAUGGUGUGCCAUAUUUGUACGUUACCGAAAUCUUGCCUUACUCUCACAGAGUUAAGGGUUUGAACAUUAUGACAUUCCUUACAAUGGUUAUCUUGAUCUUCAACGGUUUUGUUAACCCAGUUGCUAUGGAUGCCAUUGACUGGAAGUACUACAUUGUUUUCUGUUGUGUUAACGCGGUUAUGCUUGCUGUUGUCUGGUUCUUCUUUGUGGAAACUUCUGGUUACACUUUGGAAGAAGUCGAGCAAGUUUUUGAUGCCAGUGCCAGAGAAAAGUAUGCUCACAAUGUUGUCUUGGCUCACGACACUGACAGCUUUUCUGGUAAGGGUAGUGUUUAA